CAGUUCGAGUCUCUUUUUGUCUUUCCUGGCAAAACAGAAAAAUGUCGGAGACUGCUCCAGUUGCUCCUGCUACUCCUGCACCUGCGGAGAAAACACCUGUUAAGAAGAAGGCGAAGAGAACCGGUGCCGCUGCCGCCAAGCGCAAGGCGUCGGGCCCCCCGGUGUCCGAGCUCAUCACCAAGGCCGUGGGCGCCUCCAAGGAGCGCAGCGGCGUGUCGCUGGCCGCGCUCAAGAAGGCGCUGGCGGCCGCCGGCUACGACGUGGACAAGAACAACAGCCGCAUCAAGCUGGGUCUCAAGACCCUGGUGAGCAAGGGCACCCUGGUGCAGACCAAGGGCACCGGCGCCUCGGGCUCCUUCAAGCUCAACAAGAAGGCGGCCUCUGGGGAGGCCAAGCCCAAACCCAAGAGGGCGGGCGCCGCCAAGCCCAGGAAGGCUGCUGGGGCUGCCAAGAAGCCCAAGAAGGCCGCGGGCUCGGCCACCCCCAAGAAGAGCGCCAAGAAGACCCCAAAGAAGGCGAAGAAGCCGGCGGCAGCUGCGGGAGCCAAGAAAGUGGCUAAGAGCCCGAAGAAAGCCAAGGCCGCCAAGCCCAAGAAGGCGGCUAAGAGCCCGGCCAAGGCCAAAGCCCCGAAGCCCAAGGCAGCCAAACCGAAGGCUGCAAAAGGGAAAAAGUCGGCGCCUAAGAAGAAGUAAAAUUACUGAGCUAAUCAGAACGUCCCGCUGGAUGCACGUGCAUGAGUCCUGAGAAAGUACCAAUUAGAGGUUGAGUUAUUAAAUCUUGUACAUACUGUCACGUA